AUGCAUCCCGUCGCGGCACACGGCGGCGACCAAUUGACCGACGCGCCCAACCGCCUGCACGCGGCACGACGGACGGCGGAAGUGCGCAGUGCGCAGCAGCGUUCUCGCCCACAGCACGCUGCUGCGCGCCAUGAGCUCAAGGGACGCACCGUACACAUCGGCGAGGCGCCUGCUGUACUGCCGCUGCCGCAGAACCUCGCGGAUCCGCAGCUGCGACAGCACCGUCUUGCGCCCGGCGUGGCUCCUGCAGAGAUGCUCGUUGACGGUGCAAAUCGACCGCUGCGCCAGCACGUGGGAUCCGCUGAUGCUCGUGUAACCAAUCUUUGUCAGUGCCUCCACCAACUCCGCGAGCAUCUGCUUCAGCCGCUCACGCCGCUCCUUCUCACGCACCUCCAUCGCGUCGUCGCACGCGUCAAUGGCGCGCAGCCGUAUAUCGUACUGGCUCUUCACCGCCGCGCACAUCUGCAGCAGGCGGCGGCGGCUGGCACGCAUGCGGUCGGUGCUGUCGCUGAUGCACACCUCCACCUUGUGGUAGUAGUCAGUGAAGGGCUCCAGCACCGCGUCAUCGGCGUCACUACCACCGCCACUCACUGCGUACCCAUCGAGGUAAUUUUUGUGUGUAGUCACCAGCUGCGCCUCCAGUUGCAGCGCCUCCUCGCACUCGCUGUGGCUACGCUGCAGGAACGCCUUGAGUUCCUCCAGCUGCUGCACCUGCGCCUCGUCAAGCUGCUUAUUAAACUCUCGCACACCGUCCUGGAAGGCGCACACCACCUGCUGGUAGCGCGCCGCCAGCCGCGUGCGCAGCCGUGA